AUUACAUGAAAUAGCUUUAAUUAUGCAAAUCAAAAAAGAUUUUUGGAAAAAAAAGAAAAAAAAAGAUUUUGGGGGAGUACUUGCCAUAUGGUAACCCAAUGGAACAUUUUCAAACAAGUAGUUUUUCUAUAAAAUUAUGAUUUUCUUUUCUAUUUAAAUGCACAUUUCUUUUAGAAAUUGAUAGAUUUAUAUACUUGGAACUCAAUGCAAACCAAAAAUAAGUAGAUCCCUAUAAUUUAAUCCCAAUCAUUCACUAUCAUUUGGUUAACACAUCCUCACACACAUCACAUGGAAGAGCUAACUCUGUACUCUUCCUAUUGCCCUUUCCUUAAAAUAUUGCUAUAUUAAUUUUCUGAAAAGAAGAAAUAAUUAUGUUAUUUAUACAAAAUACAGCUAUACUAAAAAAAAUAAAUAAAAAAAAAUAAAAAUAAAUCAGCAAUCAUAUUGUUGAUGCUACUAUCUAUUAAAAAUCCCAAUAGGUAAAUACAUUACUGCAAUUCCACUGUGGUACAGCAUUGCCAUAUGGCAACAUUAAUAUUUUCUCAAUUUACAGUAAAACUUCCUGAUUUAGAUGCUGCAAAAAAAAAAAAAAAAAAAAAAAAAAAAAAAAUCCCUUGAGAAGAGAUGAAGGAAUGAGGUAAAUACAGCAAUUUCUGGAGCACUUACAGGUGACUUCCAUGUGAGGGUGAUAGUGGGAAAGAGAGUUUUUGUGGGAAAUUUAAAUGUCAUGUGAAUUAAAAACAGUACAUUAUUGGAAACCUUAUAGCCUACCCUUUUAAUUACCAUAGUGCAAUAUAUUGUAUUUUUUCUGAAUAACAAGGAAAUGUGUAGAAAUUAAUUGUUGCCAUAUGGCAACUCUGCACCAUAACCCACAUUUCCCCACUCACUCUUCAUGCUUCUCCAGAAUCAGUUGCGUCUUUGAGAUGAUUGAAGUGAAUGUGAUUUGAUUUCAGUCUCAGGCUGAGCACACAGAGCAUCUGAUUAAACGGCAGUUUGAGAAGCUUCAUCAGUUUCUCAGAGAUGAAGAAGAAGCUACAAUCACUGCACUGAGGGAGGAAGAGGAGCAGAAGAAGCAGAUGAUGAAGGAGAAGCUGGAGGAGAUGAACAGUCACAUCUCAGCUCUUUCACACACAAUCAAAGACAAGGAGGAGAUGAUGAAAGACAAUGAUGUCUGCUUUCUGAAGGAGUUUCCAGUCUCAAUGGAAAGAGUCCAGAGCUCACAGCCGGAUCCACAGAUGGCUUCUGGAGCUUUGAUUCAUGUGUCACAUUACUUGGGCAACCUGCCGUUCAGAGUCUGGAAGAAGAUGGAGGACAUCGUCCAAAACACUCCUGUAAUUCUGGAUCCAAACACUGCAAAUCCACAUCUCAUCCUGUCUGAUGAUCUGACCAGUGUGAGACGGAGAAGAAACGAACAACUGCCUCCUGAUAAUCCAGAGAGAUUUGACUGUUAUGACUGUGUUCUGGGUUCAGAGGGUUUCAACUCAGGAACACACUGCUGGGAUGUGGAUGUUAAAGUGAGUUUAGUCUGGAGUCUUGGAGUAAAUACAGCAUCAAACCAGAGAAAGGGAAACAUUUUCUUUAACACUGAUGUCUGGUGUGUGUGGUAUGAUCAGCUCAAAUCACAGUUUGAAUGGUGUGGCUUUCGUGUUAAACAGAGGCUGAAGAGUGUGAGAGUGUGUCUGGACUAUGACGGAGGAAUGCUGUCAUUCUCUGAUCCUGUAACUAACACACAUCUACACACAUUCACAACCACCUUCACUCACACACUCUUUCCAUUCUUCUGCAGUUGUUACCCUCUCAGGAUCUUACCGUUCAAUAGUUAGUAAACAUUGCACCUGUUGGUCUGGAUCUUCCUGCUUUCAUCUUUUACAGUCAUCCUGUGUAAUAGAAUGAGGAUUGGUUAUGUCUGCAGGUGUAACGUAACGGGAUUAUGUGAAUGCUAAGGGACAGUGUUUUGAGUGUGGCAGUGUCCAAAACUGCAUACUCUCUUCAGUAGGUAUUUAUAUAUACAUAUUAAUUACACACAGUACUCACACAUAUAUUAUGCAAACUCAGAAUUUUAUUUUGUAUGUGAUUAAUCGUUUGAAAGCCCUAAUAUAUUUUGAUCAAUAGAAAUAUUCUACAGAAACUCAUUUGAUUGGUUUCAAGGACCCGCUUUCCUCAUGCUUGAAAAAUUCUCUGAGUGAGAGAAUUGUACCAAAACUGUAAGCGCAGCUAAAAGAAAG